CAGGUUCUACUACCAACCUGAUUUCCAAUAAGAGCAACCAUGCUCAUGGGGAUACCAAGAAGCUUCCCUGUAUCAAGAAGGUUUCCCUCCACAACUCGAGGUGAAAUCCAAGUUGGAGUUGACCAUGGAGGCUUUCGUGGGGCAUUCGAGACCAUGUUCCACUCCAUAAUCAGAUCCAAAGAGCGAAUUAGAGGUCAUGUUGGAGAGAUUGGCCCAGAGCACCGACAAAGGGUACUCUAGCAUGGACCUCCGAAUUGCCGACCCUUUCUACUCAACCUUUCUAUGGGAAUCAGAGGUGCACCUUCAACACACAGUGAGGCUAGGAGGGUUGGUUGAGCAAGCAUGCGCACAACUUGCUCACCAUCGCCUCCUACCAUUUGAAGGAACAGAGGAAGUCGGAGAGGCGAGCCAUGAGAACUUUGGAAGAACGAGCUCCGACAUGGAUUUCCAAUCCCUCCCUCCUCCCAGUUUGUCACUAGAAAAGAAGGUGGCACAAGCUUGUGCACGCCAUUGCCUCUCACAAUUGGAAGAAGAAGUGGAGGUUGGAGGAGAGGUCAAUGAAGACUAUUGGAACAAGAAGUACUCAGCCCAGAAAGCUCUCAGGGUGAGGAUGAUAAAGAGUGUCUCAUUGGAGACUCUCAUCACUUUCCGCUUCCCAAGAGCAACUUUGAAGACCAAGUCACGAGGGAAGAGGAUGCAUGGCAUCUUGCCCUCCAAACCGUGCUUAAAGACAUGAAUGAGAAGGUAAGAGAAGAGCGAGAGGGAGAGAGAAGGAAGUUUGUGGAAGAGGAAGUGAAAAGUGAACAAAGGGAACAUCUUGAUUGUUCCGAAGGGGAGGAAAUUGAAGAAGAAGGAAGGGAGGUUGAUGAUGAAAAAGAAGGAGCAAGUGGUGUCCAAGAUGAGGACAAGGUCGAGUUGGAUGAAGCUUCAACAAGUUAAAAGUGCUACAAAAACUUUCCACCCGACCUCCAUUUCAAAGUUCCUAAUGUAAAUCCAGUGUACUAAGCAAUUGCCUUUCACUCCGAGGAAUUCCUGAACACAAAAAUUGGCACUUUGUAGGGGUGAAAUUUCAUACCUGAUAUAACAUAAAUUUCCUCAAGUAUCCUUUUAAUCCCUGCUACUACUCGUGUAGAUCUAUUAUAGAACACCACCAAAUUAUCUGUGAAACAAAUAUGACUAAUUUGA